UUUUUUUUUUUUUUUUUUUUUUUUUGGGAUAUUUAAUAAGCAAAUGAGGACCAAAUGGCCCUGAAGAAACAAAAUAAAAUAAAAUAAAAAUGGGGGACAAAACACAGGUUGUUAAAAAGUUGCCCCUCUGGAAACAUGAUUCGAGACAAACCAGGAACAGAAACCAAGGAAAAAGGGACGGGUAUCGAAACGUCGCAUAAAACAAAGCCCAGCCACGACGAGAACAACAUGAGUAGAGCAUGAUUUUGAGAGGGAAAAAUUGAAAAAAAAAAAAAAAAAAGGGACUCUGUACUCCGCACAAAAAGAAGAAUACGGAGAGGCCCAUCCAACCUCCCGACAACAUCAAAGCCACACCCCAUGCAUAACUGAACAUGCAUAAAUCGCGACAAGACCACCAAAGCAUGCGCGAACCAUACACAUCCACCACCCAAGCAAAAACCCCGGAUCAAACGCCACCAGUGACAAGUCUUAGGCCGAAGCCUUUUCGAUAUCGAUCCCUCGAUGAGGAAUUAUGUGUCCGAGGACUCAACACCCAUCCCCUCUUCUUAAAACAACCGUCAAAAACCAUCUCAGGGCCCCGAAGGCUCUUUAUCUUUUCUCUCUUAUAAUCGAAUCACCCCUUCGAAAGUGGGGGGAGGAACGUAACUUAGACCGUAGGGCAUCUUCGAACUCUCUCACAAAAUCGGAUUCGUAAAAUCGCCGUAGGUAUGUACUCUUAAGGCUUCCGAGGCUUUUCUGUAAUCGAUCCCUUCGCAGUGGAUUAAAAGGCAAAACCAAGGAAAAUAAAAGGAAGAGGAGGAGGAGUCGGAGUCAAGGGGAGCGCAAAUCCGUAAUAUCUAUCGAUAUUUUGUUUUUUUUUUUCAGCGCAACCGCUAUUCUCACAAGCACCAGUUUCCAUUCUCAAAGGGUAUAUCGUCUAUCCUUCAUGCCAUCUGGGUAUUUUAUCGGGAGAUGUGCCUCUUACCUUAAAAGAC